CAUGCGUCUUUCUCCUCCUCCUCCUCCUCCUCAUCCUCACCCUCCAGACCUCUGGACCUUGUUGUGGAUUGUCUUGCUGCGUAAUGCGAUGGGCUGCAUCCAGAGUAUCAGGUGUAAACCCAAGAGUUUCCGAGACAGUGUCAUCGUCCUGGAGGUGAACACUUGCAUCGAUUCCAGCCCCACCAGCAUCGACGAGUCGAACAGCGUGGUCCUGCGCUACCGAACGCCGCAUUUCCGCGCACACGCCCAGGUCCUGGUGCCGCCUGUUCCCUGUCAAGAGACCUGGACCAUCGGCUGGAUUCAAGCGUGCAACCACAUGGAGUUCUACAAUACGUAUGGAAACAAAGGGAUGUCCAGUUGGGAGCUGCCGAACCUGCGUGACGGAAAGAUCCAGGCCAUCAGUGACUCGGAUGGAGUCAACUACCCUUGGUACGGCAACACCACAGAGACCUGCACCGUCGUGGGCCCCACCAAGAGGGACAGCAAGUUCACCGUUAGCAUGAACGACAAUUUCUACCCCAGCGUGACCUGGAGCGUGCCAGUCAGUGACAGCAAUGUGCCUCAGCUCAGCAGCAUCCACCGUGACCAGAGCUUUACGACCUGGCUGGUGGCCAUCAACCAGGCCACCUCAGAGACCGUCGUCCUGCAGACAAUCCGCUGGAGGAUGCGGCUCUACAUCAAAGUGGAUCCGGACAAGCCUCUGGGUCAGCGGGCUGUCCUGAACGAGCCUGUGAUCCAAGAGCAGCCUCAGAUCCUUGGCAAGAACGAGCCCAUCCUCGCCAACGCCAUGGUCAAGCCUAACGCCAAUGACGCCCAGGUACUGAUGUGGCGGCCAAAGAACGGUGACUCCGUGGUGGUCAUCCCACCCAAAUACUGACCUGCUUCACUGACCAGGCUGGCCUUGGAUACUUCGACAGUAUCAUCUCUCUCUUUGUUCUCUUUUGUUUUGUUCCUGCUCUUCACCAGCUGUCACCGCUGUCGCCCUCGUUGACAUUAAUGUCCGUCUAUUUUUUGCCUCGUUACUCUUUUCUCUCUUCUGUUUUUAAAACAACGGACGGAGAGAAAACCAGGCAGAGGAAAGGCUCUGAGAAAAAGACCAGCGGAUGCUACAAGGGCAGGGGGAUGUACUUUUUAAAACUGGAGUGAACAAACUGCAACCAUUCUACCUUCAAACUGGGUCGGGUCUCACUGUGCUAAAUUAAGUCACUGACGAAAUGGAAAACAAGAGUAUUUCUUGUUUUUUUAUUUUUAACAUUUUUAUAUUGUGGCUGUUUGGGCCGAGCAAUGCAAGGUUUGUGAGUGUGGGUCAAGUUAUAGUAUUUACAUGACCAUGUUUUCGCACAUGCUCCAUACAUGGAUAUGCACAAACGUUGUGUUUAAAAUACCAGUUGUGUUUCUAUUUAUGGUUGGGAGAGAGUGCAUUUUGUUUUGUUUGUUGCUGCCGUUGUGUGUUUCACACGGCAAAAUGCAUUGGUUGACUGUAGAUUUUAGUAGUUUUUCAAAAACAAACAAACAUGCAAGACAUUCAAUCCAUGCUGCCUUAAGUUUACAUCGCUUUCCACUGCAAACUUUUUCGCCUUAAACUAAGUGCAAUGCAGUAUUUUGCUCAUUUGUCCCAUCUCUUCCAGACUGCUGGUGCGUGUGGGUUUAGGACAGGAGAUGAAACGCGUCUGACAUUUUGGAUUUUAUUGCAUUUACCUGGCAAAUGUAUUGUCGGACAAGUACAACCAGCAAUAUGUGUAGAAGCAGUUAUAGAGUUGUGUGUUUCAUGUGCAUUACGCAGCAAAAGAGAUGCUUUGUGCAGAAAACACCUGUGAAGCAAAACCCUAUUCAAUGGCACUGAGUACAUUAAACUAUACGUGCAAUAACAAAUUGAGCAAAAGGUUCUUAAAAGCACUCCUCAAUUAACCUCAUUCACAUUGUUCUCUUCAGUGGCGGCUGUUGCUUUCAACAUCCUUUCUCUUCAUGCCUCCAUCUCAGGGCCUUUUUCACUUCCUUCCCUUCUUGUUUUUCAUCCACCCUGUCUCGCCUACUCGCGUGUUUAUCAAGGAUUUAAAUUAAAAAGACAUGGGAAAUAACUUUUAAUCACAGCAGUCCGCUUUUCCCCUCACAAUCAUACACAUUAUAUUUAUUAUUGUUGGCAGCCUUUAAAUCUGUAAAACUCCUUUCCUUUCAUCAUCAUCCAAACAUGUUUGCGUCUCAUGGUCUAAUGGUCUAUUAUUUGGCACUUAUCCUCAUCUGUAAUGUUAAUCUACACCGAUCUACCAUCUAUUCCUCCUCUCUCUCCUCGUCUCCCAUGACUUUUCUUCCCCUCUUUCCUUCUCUCACUCUUUAUCUGUUGUGGAGGCUGAGAAGCAGAACAGGAGCCGGGUGAGUUUGAUCCAGGCUGCUCGGUCGGCAUAUAGAUGACCCACUUCUCUGCUCUGCCAGUUGUAGUUCUCGCUGUGGAUACGUGGGGCCUGUCUCCCUUUAUUUUACAGCCAGUGCACAUACACACACUUAUACACACACACACACAUAACAAUCAGCUCUGGUCUGCUAAAUACCAACAUUUAACGAAACAAUGCCCAUUUAAAGGUUCAUCUUUGAGCAUGGCUUCAGAUA